AUGAUACCCAUCCUUGUUGGAAUGAUGCUCGGCCUCUUCCUUCAGGGUAUUGGCACCACGACAUUCGGCUACUACGCCCCAUUCAUGAUCUUUGCUUCCGUGUGCAUGCCAAUUGCGGCGGGUUUGAUGACAACAUACAAUUUGCACUCGUCUCUAGCGGAGAUUAUCUUGUAUUCGGGAUUCGUAGGCUUCAGUGGAGGCAUCGGCUUCCAAGGCCCUCAGGCGGCUAUGCAAACAACUUUAAGCACCGCAGAUGUCAACCUUGGGAUCGGAGUUAUCUUGUUUGGUCAAAGCAUGGGUCCGGCCGUGUUCAUUGCCAUUGCACAGGUGAUAUUCACGAACGAGUUAUCGUCAAGUUUGAGAAAUGUUAUACCUGGUUUGUCACCUGCGUAUAUUGAAGAACAUGGACUUGGCGAUAUUGUGAACGGGCUCCCUGCGGAGCAACUGGGUGAGGUAUUGAAGGGCAUCGAUCGGGGCUUGACGCUCACUUGGUAUCUGCCUGUCGCUUUAGCUUGCACGACCAUCGUUGGUAGUCUUUUGAUCGAGUGGCGCUCUGUCAAGCAAAAGCAGCCGUGA